AUGCUCACGGCGUCGGCGAUGUCCCACUCCCUCGCGAAGUUCUUCGACAUGAUCUUCAACAACCGCGACUCGCAGAGCUCGCGGAGCUCCCUGGGCUGCUCCCCCUCGAAGGCCGCGGAGAGGUGCUGCUCGCACGCCGCCUUCCGCGAGCACAUCCUCCUCUUCUCCUGCCCCGGCAGGCACCACAUCCUGUCCGUCUACUACGAGCCGAUCACGCUCUGGCGCCUGGCGCCCGCGCACCUGCCCUGCCGCGAGCUCGCCUCGCGGUGCCCCGCCGGCCUGGACGCCGGCCUGUACGCCAGGGAGCGCGCGCGCGCCGUGGCCCUGGUGCAGCAGGCUCAGGCGAAGAGCGGGGCGGACCACGCCCGCCUCGGCUUCCUGGUGUUGGCGCUUCGCGGCCAGAAGGUCGGGUUCGAGAGGGUCAUCAAGAUGAUCGACGAGAUGGUCACGCUGCUCAAGAAGGAGCAGACAGAUGACGCGCAGAAGAAAGAGUACUGCGGCGCGCAGUUCGAUUCCACAGACGACAAGAAGAAGUCGCUGACGCGUGAGGUGUCGGACCUGGCGACCGCCAUCGCGAGCGCGGAGGAGAGCAUCAGCGCCGCUGCGGAGGACAUCUCAGCGCUGGAGGCUGGCAUUGCGGCGCUGGACAAGAGCGUCGCAGAGGCGACGGCGUUGCGGAAGGGCGAGCACGAGGAGUACAAGGCGCUGAUGGCUGCAGACGGGGCCGCGAAGGAGUUGCUCUUGUUCGCCAAGAAUAGGCUCAACCAGUUUUACAAUCAGUUGUGCUGUCGACGUGGAGCUGACCGAACAGGCAAGGUGGGGCCGACGCGCACCAGCCGCCACAGCGCGGUCGCGGACCCCAAGCUCUACAACCCGCCGGCAAAGGUCGAGCUGUCCGCCCAGGGCGCCAUCGAGCGUGACAUGACCAGCGCGGCGGCGCUGGUUCAGAUGUCCGAGCACUCGCACCGCACCGUCGCUGCCGCACCGCCGCCGGAGACCUGGAGCGCAUACGCGAAGAAGACGGAAGAGAGCGGCGGCGUCAUUGCCAUGCUCGAUUUGCUGGUCAAAGAUCUCGACCGCGAGAUGACCGAGGCCGAGACGGAGGAGAAGGACUCGCAGGCGGACUACGACACGACAAUCGCGGACGCGAAGGACAAGCGGAUGACGGACUCCAAGGCGCUCACGUCGAAGGCCGCCGCGAAGGCCGACUUGGAGAGCGACUUGCAGGCGGCCAAGGACGACAAGGCCAGCACCGCCAAGGAGCUGAUGGUGACGGAUAAGUACCUCUCCCAACUCCAUGCCGAGUGCGACUGGCUGAUCCAGUACUACGAUGCAAGAGAGCAGGCGCGCAGUGGGGAGAUCGACGCGCUUGGCAAGGCCAAGGCCGUGCUGAGCGGCGCCGACUACUCGCUGCUAUGA